AUGCCUGUGGGUCGAGAGGAUGACAUCCCAGCCGAAGAGUCACCCCUGACAGCUGCACGUCGCAACGUCCUCCAGCGGCAGGAGCGGUGGAGAUGCAUAGCGCGGUCCCUUUGGUCCUUCCUGGGCCGAAAGCGGUCACCUGGCACAUCUGGGGCGCGGACGCGAGCUGAGCGCCGCGCAGAGCGCUGGGAGCGCCACCGGAACUUCGAGAGGACGCGAUUUGAGGCAGAGCCAGUUUGGCAUCGCACAGCUGGCCCGCAUCAGUUUUGCCCCAGGUCGGCGAUGCAGAGGAUCCUGAAGGGCGUGAUGGGCAAAGAUUUAGUCACAGAGGAUUUCACGGAGAAAGCCUUGAACUUGGAUCAAUGGUUUGACGCGGGGCUUCACAUGGGAGCGGUCCUGAAGCCAAAGAAGUUGCCCCCGGCUGGGUACGAAGUCGCUGCAUGGUCAGAAGACGUUCCCUUCCUGAAGCAUCUCCGAACUGGUGUUGUCCUGUGGCCGAUUCGCUUCAACCUGAUGCCUUUCUUUGAAGCUCUUGAAGGGCAGAUGGCUUAUCGCAGGCUCGUCACUGUCUAUCACUACACAACAGGCUCUGGCUUUGACAGGAUCGUGGCUCGCUUUGAAAACGGAACCGGCGGAUUUCCUGAAGCUCAUGACUUCGCAGAAGAGCUCUGGGACCGGUUGGUGGAAGAUGUUCAAGGAUUUGAUGCAAGUGAUGACGACGUCCACGAUGACGCCUUCGUAGCGAUCCCUGUCUCAAAGCGUGCAGUUGUUGAGGAGUCAGAGUCAGGAAUGCGAAGUCUCGUGGAUCAGCCCAGCCAUGAGAGGGAGAGAGAGAGAUAG